AGAUCAAGACUGCCUCAUAUACGCCUGCGAUGGACCUGAUCGCAGAUGAACGGCGCAAGAUCUUGGGAUCGCUUCUGUGAUCGCAAGUCAGUGCCACAGCCACGCAUACCAGCGUAACUUACGUAUACAAGGAGAGGCGUGCUUAUCGUACCCCUAGCUCAUCUUCUCCUUCGAGUUCACCGAGUAGGUUGCCGGCAACCUCGCUCUCUUUUGAAACGACUCACGUUCCUCUUUCGUAACGACCCCAGUGCAUACAAGACAUCAUGCGCUACUCUACACUCGCCUCUACAGUCCUUUUCGCGGUGGCCACAGCUCCCGCGCUUGCUCACCCGAUCACCAAUCGCGCGACCGAGGAUGCCUCAAUGGUCGAGCGUGAGCUCCAAGACGCCCUGAUGGAGCGCAGCUACUACUACGACCUCCUCUCUCGGGACCUCGAAGCACGUAAAACCGCUGACGAAGCAGUGCCGAAGCCGGACGCUGCGAGUGUCCAGAGGGAGGAGAGGGAGAGGCAUAUGGUGCAUAACGUACAGCUGCACCUGCAGGCGUACGUGGAUCGGCAGAGGCAGGGGCAGAGUGGGCCUCACUCCGAGUCUCGGCCUAGUCCGUCUCACCCGCAGCGGAACGGCGGCGGGGCGGGAGCCCACCAUCCCCGGGAGUAUGACCUCGACGGCGAGCUGUUCGGGCGUGCGACCGAGGAUGCCUCCAUGGUUGAGCGUGAGCUCCAGGACGCGCUGAUGGAGCGCGGCUACUACGACGACCUCCUCUCUCGGGACCUCGAGGCGCGUAAAACCGCUGACGAUACAGUGUCGAAGCCAGGCGCUGCGAGUAUCCAGAGGCGGCCUCAGACGGGGAUGGACCAGGUGCGUCAGCGGAUGAUGAACCUGAGGCUGUGGCAGGGCACGCGCCCUCAGGGCCCGACUCACAACUCCGGGUCUCGGCCUGGUCCGUCUCACCCGCAACAGAGUGGCGGCGGCGGGCAGAGGACGGGAGGCCAACACCAUCCCCGGGAGUAUGUCCUCGACGGCGGGCUGUUCGAGCGCGGCUUCGAGGUAGAUGAGCUUGACUGAGCGGACG